CGAACAAGAGAACGAGAUCCCUCUAAAAAGUGGACAGAACAGGGGCUCUCAGAGCAUCCAAAUAUUUUCUGUUGAGCCAUGUUAGCUUUCGUUGCACACAUCGUGUUCCAGGAGAAAAUGACUCGCCGCUUUUGAAACCGUUCAGGCGCUGUUAAAUCUACCAAAAAGGGUCUCCCUGUGUGAUGCGACGCAAAGUGACCGUGGAUAGCACUCAGGCAGCUCACGACUCAGCGGAGAGUCGUCGACCUAGUGUCUUUGAGAGGCUUGGCCCUGGCUCAUCUCGGGAAAACUCACGAGAUGGUGGCCGAGCUGAUCAGUGUCGCAACUGGGUACGAGAAGGCAGCUGCUCCUAUGGCAACACGUGUCGUUUCCAGCACGGCCCAAGGAACAAAAGUUACGGUGACAGGUCACCAGAGUCGGACCCUGUAGACCUGCGUCACCGCGUUGAGAGCAAACGAGCUGAGAGGGAGCGUGAACGAGAUCGAGAUAGAUCGCCAUCGUCGUCACUUUCACCUCCAUUGAAGGACAAAAUGAAGUAUAAAGGUCGGCAUGAGAAGGAGUCGACCUCCGACCGAAAGCGCAAAGGUCGUGACUCCAGAGGGAUGAAGUCGGGCGGUUCCCCACGUUCAGAUGCCAGUGAGCCAGAUGAGUGGGGUGGGAUUGACGGGAUACCAGCUGCAGAUGACGACAUGUGGGACGAUGAGGCUAGUCUUGAUUAUCGUCAAGCCCUCACCCUAGAGAUGAAACGUCAGCAGAUACAGCGAGAGCUACAACAGAUGGAGGAGGAGGAGGAAGCUAGGGAGCAGGCAGAACUCAUCCAACAAAAGGAGACGUCAGAUGAUAAUGCUGGAGGACAGUAUCGCUCCUCCCGCUCCCCAUCUCCUGUCAGGAAGAAACACUCCAAGAAAAAGAAGGGCCGCUCAAAGGCCGAGAAGCAAAGCUCUCCAACUCCUGAGGAGCAUUCUCCUCCGGCAGCCUACAAUGAGAAGUCGCGAAAACGCCGUAAAUCGGAAGAGGCCAUGAAACAUGCCAUUGAUGCAUCUAUUGACAGCCAUCGCAAGCACAAGACGCAAGGCUCGAGUCAUUCGCCACGAUUACCCAAAUCCGCUUCUUUCCGUAAUCGUACCCCGAGUCCUCGCGCCGCCCAGCACAGGCAUGACUCUGAUAGCGAUAUGACCCCCCGGAAAUAUAAGGGCAAGUCCGAACUGAAGAAAAAGUCUAGAGAAAGGGAUAUUGUGAAGAGAAGGAGUUUUUCAAGGAACAGAAGUAGUACUGACAAGGAGGAUUUUUCAAAGAGAAAACCUGCUCGUUCACCAACUCCUCCAGCCCAGUAUCGAAAGAUGGUAACACCUUCCAAACGCCCUCGAUCACCCUCCCGUUCAAGAAGCCGUACUCCAACAAAGCGCAAGAUGAAGCGCUUGGACUCUCCGCCACGAUCCAGUCGUCGUCCCCCAAGUCCUCCAACUUCAUCGCACUCUGACUCCUCCGAUGGAGGGUCCUCGCCCUCUUCUUCAAGCUCUGCUCCGUCGGAAUCACCACGGAAGCGUCCUCGUUAUCAGUCACCAUCUCCUAGACAGCGCACGAAGCAGGGAUCCCCUGCACGAGAUCACCGCGCACGGCCGAGAAGUCCACUUCCCCAGUCCCCAAUGUCUGGUCGUGCUGGCUUGAAGAAGCAACAGCAUCGAAGCAUGUCGCCAUCGAGUUCUCACAGAUCCUACUCGCCUGCUACCAAGCGGCAGUCGCCAUCUCCACGGUCGGGAAGAAGAAUGUCGCCAUCAAACUCAACUAAACAUUCCCAAAUUGGAAUGUCUCGUAGCGACAGUGGAUCAAGGGAGCAUCGCCAAAGAAAACUACAAGAAAGGCAGGGAUCAGAUAACCAAGGUGGAAACCAGUUAAGAGGUGACCGUAGAGGCGAGCAACAAGCAGACUAUCAAAGGACAAGGGCACAACCAGAGAAACACGGCGACCCCAGGAUGAAUAUAAGGUCUGAUUCACGUCAACGAUCAGAUUCUCGCUCUGAUCCACGAGCAGAUAGUAGAGGUCCGCCCCAGAUGGAUCCAAGAGCGUACCAGAGGGGUGAUCAGCACAACGACCCGCGCGGUGUCGGCAGGGGGAACCCACGGGGAGACGUCAGGGGUGACCCGAGAGGAAACAUGAGGGUCGAUCCUAGGGGGGAACCAAAAGGCAGCGACCCCCGCGCGGAUGGGAGAAGAAAUAUGAGGGGGGAACUUAGGGCAGACCCUAGGGGGGAUCCCAGAGGGGACCCCAGGGGGGAUCCUAGAGCAGACCCCAGGGGGGAUCCCAGAGCAGACCCCAGGGGGGAUCCCAGAGCAGACCCCAGGGGGGAUCCUCGUGUAGAUCCGAGGGGGGACCCUAGGGGAGAUCCUAGAGGAGAUCUGAUGAGAGGGGAUCCCAGAGGAGAUCAGAGAGGAAAUCUCAGGGGAGAACAGCGAGUGAAUGUCAGAGGAGAUCUACGGGGUGACCCAAGAGGAGAUCUCCGGGGACCCCCGAGGGGAAGCUCUAGGGAGGAGCCUGGAGGAGACAUGAGAGGGAUGUCGAGAGAUCCCAGGGAUGAUCCAAGAGGUGGUCUUAGAGAUCAAAGAGAUGAUCCAAGAGGCGACCUUAGAAUGGACCCACGAGCAGAUCCACUCCGGAGAGAUAUUCGGGGAGGAGACCCCAGGGCUGACCCCAGAGCAGGUCCGAGGGCUGAUCCCAGGGGCAACCAGCGUGCGGAGCCGCGGUUGGAUCCCAGAGACAUGCGUGGUCGACAGAAUCAGCAGGAGCGAGAAUCCCGGCGAGAUGAGUGGGAGAGGAGAGGAGCAAGUGUCAAGAAGGAACCAGAUCAACAAGGCUUCCAUCCAAGGGACCCACAUUUUGCACCGAACAGAGGACUUUCUCAAGAAGGCUUACGUGAUAUGAUGCCACGUUCUGGAAGCCUUGAUAAUCGUCAGGGACAACGGGCAAGUCCUAGUGCAGUUGGCCGAGGAAGAGGUCCCAACUUCGGAAGGGCCCCCGAACGAGAUCUAGGCCCAGAGCGAAGAGAAAGAGGGCAAGAAAAAGAGAGAGGCCCGCAACGAGGGAGAGACCCUGUGCCCCAGAGAGGUGGUAGAGGACCUGAUCUGGGACGGGGCAAUCAAAGAGGGAAGGGGCAAAACAGGAGUCUGGACCGGGGAAAAGGCCCUGAGUUCAGUAAGGGCCAAGAAAAGGAUAGAUUCCAGGAAAGGGGAGGGGAGCCUCAGAGAGGUAGAGACGGAGAUCCACGAAAGGAUACAGGACCUGAUAAAAAUAAGGACAUCCGAGGAGGCUCAAACCGUGGAAGAGCUCCUGAGAGAGAAGGCUUUGUAAGACAGGACGAUCGUAGCUUCGAAGAGUCCCGAACAUCAAGAGACAGCUCAGCUGAUAGUCGACAGUUGGAUAAGUUGAAAUCUUCUGAUCUGAAGAAAGGGGCUCGUGAUUCUGUUCGCUUGGAUCAGGGAAAACGAGCCGACUCAAAAGACAGGAGAGAUAAUUCUAGAUCUCAGGAGAGACGAGGAGAUUCAAGGGGUUCCAGCAGCUCUCGUAGAGAGAAACCAGAAGACCGCGAUAAAAACCCAAGGUCUGAGAGGCCCUCCGAAAAAACUGGACGAGAUUUCCCGAAGAAAGCAGCGUCUGUUGACAGUAAGUUUGCUUCUGAUUCCUCUGCUACCACUCGAGGGCGAGGUGAUCGAUCCCAGUCUCUUGAGAAACUUGAUCGAGACCAGGAGCAGAGGUCAAGUUUGCCAGAGUCUAAGGCAGUUGAAGUGCUUUCCAGAUCGUCUACUCAAGACAGCAAAGAGAGCACACCCCUGAAGGAGGCAUCGCCAGUGAGACCUUCAGAUGAAGUUUUCAGCGACUGGUCAGAAGGUGGAAGUGAUGAGCUUCUGAAUCAGAGCCCACCGGUAGAGGAGAGGACCUUACCAACCACCUCUGUUAUAGAAUCUGUCACCAAGAAACAGGACUCCAUGACUGAACCACCUAAAAAGGACUUGAAGCAAAGAUCGGAGAAGAGAUCUGAGGAUCGAGAGAAGCAAGAAGGAGUCGAAGGUAGAUCUCUGCGCAGCUUAAGUAAUGGCAGCAGCUCUAGCCGGUACAGCUCUAUUAGCUCCGUGCUUCUUGGGCAGAAUGUUCCCGGGGCCUCCCUGGAUCAACCUUCUGUUGCGAAAGCGGGACCAGUGCAGGAAGACGAAGGCAUCGCGCCAUCUCUUGACAAGUUUAGACUACCUUCAGAGGACAAAAUGCAUCAAGGCAAAGGAGCUCAAGAUAAGAACAGUGGUUUACCCGCAGAAGUUGUUGCACGUCCAGAGCAGGGUACAGCCUCGGAUAUUUAUGAGGUGAUUAGUGAUGAUGAGCUGGAUGAUAUACUGGAAGACGAGGCCAAGGAGGAUGCAAAACCAGAGGAGGAUGUAAAAGUACAAGAAGAUGUGCAGGCAGAUUUGACCGCAGUAGACUGGUCCAGUCUCAUGGCCCAGACUCCAAUACAAACUGAGAAGAAAUCCUCAGAGGAGGCUGGGUCCAUACUGGAUAAGUUCCGACCGGGCCAAGUACUGGCCCGCGUUGGAAUCUCCAGAGCUCUCGCUGGGUCUGAGCUCAUGAAGGAGGUGGAAAAGAUUUGCCUCAAGGCUUCAGAAGAAGAAGGAUCCAAUAUCCAAGUGCCGCUGUUUGAGAGCCAGCUCGGUGCUUUUAACGCAUCAAGUCAGAGGAAGCUCCGACAGCGGAGACACCUGUUGUCAAACAUAGGGCCUUGUAGACGCGCUCUGUGCGCUCGUCGUGAUGUCAUGAUUCGCAAACAACUGGGUAAAGUGGAUAAGCCGGAGCCAGACCAAGUGUUCUCCACCAGUCUCUUGGAUGCUGAGCUGUUUAAGCUUAAUGUGCAGCUCUUCAGGGCUGUUAAGAAGAGUCAGAUACCAGACCAAACCCCUGCCACCUGUACAGUACCUGGUGCUCCAGACCGAACCUCACCAAUAGUUGUAUGCAUGUGAACAUGCUGGAAUGAAUUCAAAUGCCUUUUUAAGAGGCAGUUCUAUUUUGUUUGUUUGUGUUCGAUGUUUUCCCUUCAGGGCCGAAAUUCAUAGAGCUGCUUAAGCACAAAAUGUAGCUAAGCACAAACGAAUUGUGUGACAGAAUAGGGUUUCCAGCAUUUGUUGUUGGGGGCCAACAGUUCUCAAUCCUCCCGUAUCCUCCAAUCUGUGGUCACUGAAUACCAACAUGUGAUCUUGGUUUUAAAGGCAGUGGACACUAUCGGUAAUUACUCAAAAUAAUUAUUAGCAUAAAACCUUACAUGGUGACGA